AGAUGGAUGAGAAUGCUUGUGCAAAAAGUAUUAUAUAUACUGAAAAAAGAGUAGCCGAGUUAUGGCGUAUGGGACAACUUCGAAUACAAAUUGAUCUAACACAAGAGUUAAAUCAAUUGAAAAGACAACCUUCUAAAUUAAAGAGGAGAUUAAGAUAA